UAGGAAAUGACUUAUUAAAACAACACUUUCUAUUUGUUUUUCAAUAACACGACCCUUGCUGGGUAAAAGAUGAAUUCACCGACAGCGAGUUGUAUUUGUAAGUUGUAAAGACUCCAUCAAGUUCAUAAUCCGCACAAAUACUCGAUCAUUAUUGAUCCUUUCGUCGUUGUACAAAAACCUUCCGUGACGGAGAGGAUUAACAUAUAGCUGCAGCUCUAAGAAAGAUGAAGAAAGUAAAAAGUAAUUCCACUGUGUCGAAACUCGGAGAAAGCGCCUACAAUGCAUUGGUUUUAACUAAUCAGGUUAGUGGAGACGACAAACGCAUUCUGCAGUACAGCUACAAUCUGGUGAGCGACACGGAAAAAGGUGAAUUUUCGAGGUCGUUCGACGAUUACAGUUGCGGGAAAUUGAAAAGAAAUAGUUCGAUGUUUCGAUCAGAACGAACGAUACCAAACUCGCCAAGCAACGAAGGAAAGCAACUCCCAGAGAAGAAGAAAGUCUUCCGCAGUAUCAGUAACCCAAUAACGGGUCGACGCACUUAUGGCAUCGAGGCAGAGAAAGUUUCAGAACGAUAUAAAGUUAAGGAACGAUUCCCUAGCGAUGGAGCGACGCCAGGCGUUGGCGAAGAGGAUUCCUCAUCACGCGUUUUGGAGGCAACGAUCACGGAAAAUCCCGAAACGAUAAAGAACGAUUCUCGGGUGCUCUCACGCGAAACUCACGCGCGUAAAAUAGGGCUCGGCGAAACAACAAACACUUCCAUCAUGAGUCACAAGCUCAGAAAAAAAGGUGUCUGCGAUACUACAGAUAAUUCACAUUAUCAAAGGCAGUUUUUGCGGGUCUUAAACAAGCGAUUCUAGAGGUGUACUUCGUAGUAAAAAGUCAUCUGGAAGGUUUGUUAGACACGAGCAUUCAGUACAUUACCGAUAUAACGUCUUGCCUCGUCCGGUUAUGAAUAUGUGUAUAUAGCUUAUUAGCGCGACUAAAAAUAGCAAAAGCUUCUGCGAAUGAUAUAUAUGUCAUGCUCGUAUACAGCUACAUAGAUAAACAUUAACGACGAAUUCAAAUAUCUUAUAAUGAAGAUAUCCUAAUUAUAAAUACAACAUCCCUGAAACUUCUUGUGGAGUCACAAUCAUAAACAUAAGGAUUAACUCGUAGAUAUAUUUGUCUUUCGCCGUCCUUGCAGAAUAUGCGCAUUCAACAAUAAAUGUAA